UAUUGGAUUGGCUACAACAGAUUAUAGCGUCCAUGCUUCAUAAGAAAAACGGCACCAGUUUGAUCAUAGAAGGUUUCAUUAGAUAGUGCCCUGAUGAAGUCUGGCAGCCAUGCUGACCAGCUUUAUUGAAGGCCUCCUCUGUUGCCUCACCUCCAAACCGGCCAAUACUGUGGUUCCUGUAGAAACCUCUGAACCUGCAGACGGUUAUGAGUUCGUGGAGGUGAAACCGGGCCGUGUGCUGCGGGUUCGACACAUCAUCCCUGAUAGACCAGUGGUGGAGGAACCCUCGCUGGGUGGGAUUGUGAGCUGCAAAAGAAAAAUCACGGUCUACAGGAACGGACAGCUGUUCAUUGAGAACUUGGGUGAGAGGGCGAGUGCAGAGCUGAAAACCUGCCAGAAUGGAGAGACUGAACCCAACAGCACUGUGGAGGUUGAACUGACAGACUGCCAGACAGGAUCAGCAGGAGAAACACCUGCUGCAGGACAGGCUGAGCAGACCCAGCAACCCCGGAAACGGAGGAGGAAGCCGAAGCGCUCUGUGGUGAUUGACUGUGAGAGGAGGAUAUCCAGCUGCAAAGGAACACAUGCAGACGUAGCUCUGUUCUUCAUCCACGGGGUGGGGGGGUCUCUGGAUAUCUGGGGGAGCCAGCUGGACUUCUUUUCCCGACUCGGGUACGAGGUGAUUGCCCCAGAUCUGGCAGGUCAUGGAGCAAGCUCAUCUCCGCACAUAACUGCAGCUUACACCUUCUACGCCCUGGCUGAGGAUAUGAGGCUAAUCUUCAAGAGAUAUGCGAAGAAGAGGAACAUUCUCAUUGGACAUUCAUACGGCGUGUCGUUCUGUACGUUCCUGGCUCACGAGUUUCCAGACCAGAUUCACAAGAUGGUGAUGAUCAAUGGUGGCGGUCCAACAGCUUUGGAGCCCAGUCUGUGCAGCAUCUUCAACCUACCCACCUGUGUGCUUCACUGCCUAUCCCCACUGUUGGCCUGGAGCUUUCUCAAGGCCGGCUUUGCACGGCAGGGUUCCAGGGAGAAGCAGUUGCUGAAAGAGUACAAUGCCUUCAAUGUGUCGUCAUUUGUGUUGCGUGCCAUGAUGAGCGGUCAGUACUGGCCUGAGGGGGACGAGGUUUAUCAUGCCGAGCUCACUGUGCCCGUCCUGCUGGUUCACGGCAUGCACGACAAGUUUGUCCCAGUAGAAGAGGACCAGCGCAUGACUGAGAUUCUUCUAAUGGCGUUCCUAAAGGUCUUGGAAGAUGGCAGUCACAUGGUGAUGCUGGAGUGUCCUGAGACUGUCAACACACUCCUGCACGAGUACUUCCUCUGGGAACCAGUAACACUUCCACCGCCAAAGAAGGAGCCCAAAACCCGCCCAGAGACCGCCAAAGCCCAAACAGACAACAUCAUCCCUGAGCCAGCCAAGGUCAGGCCUGCAACAGCCAGGCAAAACUAAUC